GUUAUACGAACCCUAGCUUAACCAAUCCAAACUCCCUUCGAUCCUAAUUCCGGUUUCCACUUCGAUCUCCAUUUCCUCUACGUCUACCUCUCGCUGUAAAAGGUUGCUCCUUUUCCGAUCCUUCGACAACUCGGUUCCGUUUACUCUUUUGUUAUACUCUCUCUGGUUUGAUCGGGAUUGAGAAAGAAACCAGAGAGAAUCCAUGGCGGAACACUUGGCUUCAAUUUUCGGAACAGAGAAAGACAGGGUAAACUGCCCGUUUUACUUCAAGAUCGGGGCUUGCAGGCAUGGCGACCGGUGUUCAAGGCUCCACACGAAGCCGAGUAUAAGCCCUACUUUGCUGCUUUCCAACAUGUACCAGAGGCCUGAUAUGAUCACUACUGGAGUGGAUCCGCAGGGCCAGCCCUUAGAUCCUCGCAAGAUCCAGGAGCACUUUGAGGAUUUCUAUGAAGAUCUGUUUGAGGAGUUAAGCAAGUACGGGGAGAUUGAAAGCCUGAAUAUUUGCGACAAUUUGGCUGAUCACAUGGUUGGUAAUGUCUACGUUCAGUUUAGAGAGGAAGAACAUGCUGCCAAUGCACUUCGAAACCUUACAGGGAGAUACUAUGCAGGGCGUCCAAUUAUUGUGGAUUUCUCCCCGGUCACGGAUUUCCGUGAAGCCACAUGUAGGCAAUAUGAGGAGAAUACUUGCAAUCGAGGUGGUUAUUGCAACUUUAUGCAUUUGAAAAAGAUUAGCAGGGAGCUGAGGAGGCAGUUGUUUGGGAGAUACAGGCGAAGGCACAGUCCCGGUCACAGCAGAAGCCGAAGUCCCUACAAGCAUCGUAGUUAUGAGGAGCGUUCUCAUGGAGGUCGUGGUUAUGGUAGAUGGUAUGAUGACAGGGAUCACCACUACCAUGAUGAUAGGGGAAGGAGACCUAGGAGCCGAAGCCCUGGGAGGAAGAGGGGAAGAAGCAGAAGCCCUGGGGGGAGGAGAGAUAGGAGCCCCAUCAGGGAAGGUAGUGCUGAGAGAAGGGCUAAAAUUCAGCAAUGGAACCGGGAAAGAGAACAGGCUGAAUCUGCUAACAAGGAUAACAAUUACAGUACUUCUAACAAUGAAAGCAAUGGGUAUGAUCCACAUGGAGAACAGUACUAUGAGCAGCAGCAGCCACCACAGAAGGGAGGAUAUGGCUACUGAGCCAGUCGACUAUUUCUGGUGGUGUACAGGUUCACAGUUCUGUGAUAUGGCAUGUAAAACCCUUUUUCCCCUUUCCCCCUAACCACCACAACAGUGCGUGACUUGUGUGUUUUAAGGCAUGCUUUAUUGUUGUGAAAGACCCUUAAUUCUUUUCUAUUAACCACACACGACCCUACUUUUUUCUUUUAACCACAUUAGAAAACCCUACCAAGAGUCAACAUACAUAGUUAAUUAUUUUCUUUUAACGUAUAUACUAUAAGAAGAUUAAUGAUAAGUGAGAAGUAACGUCAACAUUCAACAGCAUUGUUAUGAAGAGAUUGCACCGUAACUCAAGGCUUCCCUUGGGACAGUGGAGCUCAAGGAAAGGCUUCAAGUGGGGUCACACACCAAAAUAUGAGGCAUAUAAAGUGCAUGCAUAAAUAAUAUAAGGUUCUUGGUACAUAACAGUAUACUUCUUUGCUCAAACUAGCAUUGCAUUUUUUUUAUUAUGUUCAAGAUUUCAGUUUUUUAAAUCGUUUUUCUGUUCAAGAUUUCUUUUUUAAAUCAUUUCUCUGCUCUACAAUAAUAGAAGCUUAUGAGUCGGAAAUCUAGUCCUCAGGUAUCAGUAAUUGCCGAUGCUUAACCUCGCAUGUUGCCCUCUAUAUUCAGGUCUUAAUAAGUAUCAGUUGCUAUAAAAGGUACCAGAUUGCAUCUAUUGCUUUUGCUUGCAUGUGUGUGUAUGCUUGAUCAAAUUGAUCUUCUCUGUGACUACUGCACAUCCAGGAUAGCAAACAACCAAGUUCCCAUGGUUCUAUGUGGGGUUGAUCUUCAUAUGUUUUUUCUUUCCCAGAAAAGUUGUGGUCUUACAUACUUUGAGUUUUGCAGGUUCAGGUAUCCCUGCUUCUCAGGAUCGAGCCUUGUUUAUACAGCAGCUUACCAUGAAAUUUGUUUACAGGUUGUUUGCGUAGCAGCGGGGUGAGUUUACAGGAUAUACAGACUGCGUGCAUUGAACAUGGUGGAAAGAUUGUCAGAAGAGCAUGGUCAAUCUCCGAGAACAUAUACCAAGAGAAGUUCUCAUUUGGAAGGUGAGGUCUGUGUAUUGUACAUCCUGUUCUAAUAGAUUGCAGGCUUUCAGGUUCCGGAAGCAAGUGUCACGAAUUCUCCGAUUCAUUUCUUCAGACGGUUCCAGCUACAAGUACUUUUGGAAUGGAGUUUUGUUAUUUAGGGAAUGUUGUUAAAUCGUUUAAUGCUUUAAUGUUCAAAAAAAAAAAAAACAUUGCUAUAGAACCCUGUUGACAUCAAAAGAUGGCUGGCAUACUCGUUGUUUAUUCUAUAUUCUUACUGCUGCA